UGAUAUUCAGCUUCGCUGUCAGACGGCACCACAAGGAAGGCUGCAAGCGCAGAGUUGUAGAAGGGAUAGUACAUGUGCUUGGGUUGGAUGGAUGACUUGUGUGAAGACAAGUAAUGCACACUGUUCAUAUGAAAUGCACGCCUGAUGCAGAAAGCUGGAGAAACAAUGACCUUCUCCCUACAGCAACAGGAUCUGCAGGGUCCCUAUGCAGAAGAUCAGUAUGCACCAUCCGAGUAUCGAUGAGCCAUCUUUAAUAUUACAUUCAUGGAGAAGCAAGUUUUCAUAUACUGGACGGCCUUUAACAUCACCCUACUGUGUCAAUUUAUUAACGCAUAUUCAGAGAUCUGUGACGACGCUUAUAUGGAGAUCAGACCCAGCAACAUCGCCCACGUGGGCUCCAUCAUCACCAUUACAUGUACCCGAAAGAGCAACGGCAAGCAAGGUGUCCAAAUCAUUGCCAGUGAUAAGAGAUGGCAAAAUCUACACGGGAAUUCCAUCACCAUUACCGACACCAGUUUUACUCCCCGGAGGAUACCGUACAAUUGUAAUAAUGCUGCCGACAAGCUGAUCUGUGGAGCUGACAUAUAUUUUGGAUUCCCUCCGGAUCAACCAAGAAUCAUCUCAUGUGAACAGCAAGGAGAAUCUGGAAAUGUUUCCUGCUUGUGGGAGCUGAAGAGACCUAGCGGCCUCCCCAAUAGCUGCACCUUGCAAUUGCAGAUGAGACAGAAAAAGAUUACGGAGAGUGUUUUGGAGAGCUGCCAGACUGGGACCAAUUUACUGACCCUGCCCGUGGCAGCCAAUCCUGGAGGAGAAUACACGGCUUUGGUGGUGACCUCUAACCCGCUGGGAAAGAACACUUCACAGCUCUAUAACUUCACUUUCUAUGAUAUAGUGAAACCACAUCCACCAACCAACAUAACCAUCGACUGUGACCAGACAUCGGAUGAGUGCUCUGUGACCAUUCACCCAGACGGGGAUAUACAGCACAUCCGCCUAAGAUAUCAAGCCAACAAUAAGGGAGACUGGCAAGAGGUAGAAAGCUUAAUUAAUAGAAGCUUCUCCUUCUAUCAUCUCCACCCAAUGACUCAGUAUCACCUCCAGGCUGCCUGCAAAUACCGGUAUGGACGGGGAAUAUGGAGUGACUGGAGCCAGCUUGUGACCUGGGAGACGCCAGAGAGCAGGCCACGUGGAAAGCUAGAAGUGUGGUACAAAUUGUGCAAAAUCACAGAGAAAACAUGGACUGUCACACUUUACUGGAAGCGUAUGAAUGCCUCAGAGGUCAGAGGUCACAUUCGGUUUUAUCAAGUGGCAUUUCAGCGGGUGGAUCAGAGCAGCCCGGCAUCCAUUCACAACACCACAGACACAUGGUUCAGCAAAGACAUUGAGGCGGGCGAGUACGUCAUUGCUGUGUCAGCGCACAACUCAAAAGGAAACUCAACUCCCACACUGAGCAGAGUCACUGGUCGGGACCUUUCAGGUUUACUUCCGCCUAUAAAUGUCGUUGCCACGACUAAUGGCGCAAGCAACGGUGUAACCCUCACCUGGGACCUGCCAACAGGAAAUGAAGAUUUGGGUUGGGAUCAGAUUGUAGAAUGGGAAGAUCCUACAGAGGACAAGCUAAACCAAACCGACUGGGUGAAAGUGCCCAAGUUUGAACAAAAAGUAACAUUAUCAGGACACUAUAAGCCUUACAUAUGUUAUCAGUUCCGGGUCUACUUUCUGCAGGAAGGGAGAGUGGGAGUCCCUGGAAUGAUAAUGGCCUCAACACAAGAAAAAGCUCCUGAGGCUACUCUAGAAAUAGACGUCAAUGUAAACAAACAUGGCCCCAUACUGGUCACCUGGAGGGGAAUUCCACCAGAAAAACAAAUGGGAUGUAUCCGUCAUUACAGCAUCUACCUGAAGGAUCGAACGUCGAGUUUGACCAAAGAGGUUAAAAUAUUGUACAAUCAAUCGCAGAAUAAACAGUAUGAGAUUGAGAAGGGAAGUAUGAAUGGGAAGUAUGUGCUGUGGAUGACCUACUCCAAUGGAGCCGGAGAGACCACCUCCAGACAGGAAAUGUAUUUUACAGUAGAUGUUCCGCAAGAUGAAUAUGUGAUCGUUUACGCGUUUCUUGCUGUACUUGUAUUAGCAUCUUUUCUGUUCCUUCUCCUAAGAGUAAAGCAAAGGUUACUUAUGUUGCUCUCAAAAAUUCUACCAAAUUUAUGCACCAAAGCCAUCCCCGAUCCAGCCAAUUGCGAGUGGGCAAAGGAGUGCAUCUCCAACAAGAAUGAACUCAUGAGCUUCCCCAGCCAUGCCUCCAGCACCUCCGACUGUGAUGAAGCAGAGACGUUGGAAAUCGAGGUGCUGAGCAGUGAAGAGGAGUUUCAUUAUUGCCCAACAUACACCAUUACCCCUCUACAGACUGUAAGUUACCAGGAGAAAGAUGUCCACCUUCAGGAAGACACAGAGAUUCUACAGCCCAGCUUGCAUCAAGCAGAGCAGAACCUGUACAAGUCAAUAGCCUUUCAAGCAACAGGAGAGACGAAGGUGCAAACAUCGGACUACUUGGUCAAUCACGUUAUUGCCGUGGACUAUUUGCCCAAAAACAUUCUGACUGUGUACAAGGAUAAGAGUGAAGAGGACCUCUUCCACUCACAGUUCCACCUGCCUUCCUGGGUUAUGGCUUCAGGAACAAUUAAACUGGACACUGUAAGGAUUGACUUUUCCUGACGAUGAUUUAUGAAUUUACUAUAAAAAGACUCUAAUUGCUAUUUAGGGAUUACUUCAUAAAAAAUCCUUAAACU